UCUCAAUUUGCCAUGGUGGGUUUUGCCGGACUAUUUGCCCAGUUUGCUUUCGGAUUUCUUUUGGUGGUGUCUCUCAUCCCCGCUUGGCUAGUCUGCAUGUUCGCAAAACUGGUUCGUUUGUGCCUGUCACCUGAGAGGCACUCUGCCCUGGAGAAAUCUGUCAGUGGAGUUCUUAUUGUCAUGAUGGUCCUGCUUUGGCGCUUGCUAUUCUUCCUGUGUGCAUGGAUCAGGCUGGACGUUGAGUACUCGGAUGGGUCUUUCCUCGGAAUGCUGGGAAAGCCAGCUGUGCUGGUGAUGAACCACACUUCUUUUCUGGAUGCAAUGUUGGCCGUCUCUUUGGCGCCACUUCCCCGAAGUCUUGACGUACGAGUGUUGGUGGCCAACUAUGUCUUCGACAUUCCUCUCCUCGGCACUGUGAUGAGAGAAAUUGGAUUAGCAGAGGUUCCUUUCAAAGGAGCUGCAGGUGAACAUUCAAACAUGGCUGUCGACAAGAACUUGAUGGAUGAGAGGCUCAAAAGUUUCAAUGACCACGUCACGUGUGGCGGUGUCGGGGCUUGGUUUCCAGAAGGUUUGAGAAAUCGCGGGGAUCCCACAGUCCUUCAGGAAUUCCGUGCUGGUGCUUUCUCAGUGCCGGUGAGAACGGAUGUGGAAAUAUGGUGUUGUGCCGCAGUUGGAUGCAAUGUCAGCUGGCCUGUCAAAGCCACAGUGGGUGGACUUCCUGCUGACAUCCGAGUGAAGGUCUUUCGCUUGGCUGCCAGCAGCCACGCUUUGCUAACAGAUGUUGAGGGAGACGAACGAGCCAAGGCGAUUCAUUUGGCCAGCCUAGCAAAGGCAGCUGUCCAGGAAGGGAUCAACGAACUGGUGGCCAAAGACUCUGGAAAAUCUACACAAGAGAAGCAAAGCUAGUAUCGUUGCUCCUGUGAGAAGAUUUUCGGGCAGAGCAAAUGCCCUUAAAAGCCUUCAUUGUUUCAUGGCUCAAAGUUGGGCAGUUUGUGUUCUAACUGAGCAGUGCCGGUUUCGACUCCUCACUUUGUUUCGAGAUUCAGCUGAAGGGAAAAA